GGAGGCGGCGAGGCGCUCCGGAGGAGGCCAGCGCGUCGCGGGGGCGAGCGGCGGGGGCCGGCGGGAGAUCACACUCCAUAUUCACAACUAGAAGGAAAAGGAAGAAUUUCCUGACUCUCUGAAUUUCAAGGAUGUCAUUAUGUUGUAUUGGAUGAAUUUAAACUAGACAAGACUUCUUUUUGAAACACUUCAAGAAAGUGAGUGUGCCUGAGGGGAGAGGAACACAAGAGAGGAGAGACAAUUGAACAUCGCCAUUGGCCGAGACCUGAAAAAAUGUUGCUGGAUGAACACAGGAUUAGAACUUAAUUGUAAAAGAGAAAGAAAAUCUUGAGAGGCGAUUUGCUUCAUUUUCGCAUUCAUCAUGGCACAAAUCCUCUGGCUGGCUGGUUGAUGGAACUGUCCAACGCUUCCUAUUUAGGUUCAGUGCAGAUCCCUUCUGCGUACAGAUCGAAAGACCUGGGAUCAGGUGGUAACUGGAUGGUGCCAAAUAUGGAAAUGGAAAGAGAAAUGGACUCUGAUGAGCUAAGAUGGAAGUGACUUGACAGCAACAAGCUCAGCAGUUGUCUCCAGUAAGGACAGGUUGAGACGGGAAUCUCAAGCUUCGCUGGGAGAGCAGUAUGCAGGAAGCUGGUUUUCAGGCCACAAAUGCUUUCACAGAGUGCAAAUUCACCUGCGCCAGUGGUAAAUGCUUGUAUCUUGGUUCAUUGAUUUGUAACCAACAGAAUGACUGUGGGGAUAACAGUGAUGAAGAGAACUGCCUGCUUGUAACAGAGCAUCCACCUCCAGGCAUCUUUAGCUCUGAACUGGAGUUUGUUCAAAUCAUCAUUAUAAUCGUGGUUAUAACUGUUAUGGUGGUAGUGAUCAUCUGCUUGUUGAACCAUUACAAACUCUCGACACGCUCCUUUAUCAACCGACAGAGCCAAAGCAGAAGACAGGAAGAAACUUUGCAGACGGAAGGGUGCUUGUGGCCUUCAGAAAGCUCGGUUUCGCGCCAGGGUGCUUCAGAGAUCAUGUAUGCUCCAAGGUCCAGGGACAGGUUUACCACCCCAUCUUUUAUGCAGCGGGACCGUUUCAGUCGCUUCCAACCCACUUACCCUUAUAUGCAGCAUGAGAUUGACCUCCCUCCAACCAUCUCCCUCUCUGAUGGGGAAGAACCUCCGCCGUACCAAGGCCCAUGCACCCUGCAGCUCCGGGACCCAGAACAGCAGAUGGAGCUCAACCGGGAAUCCGUCAGGGCACCACCCAACCGAACCAUUUUUGAUAGCGACUUGAUAGACAUCUCGAUGUACAAUGGGGGCCCCUGCCCACCAAGCAGCAAUUCGGGCAUAAGUGCAACCAACUAUAGCAGUAAUGGAAGGAUGGAAGGACCACCCCCGACGUACAGCGAGGUCAUGGGGCAUUACCCAGGCUCCUCUUUUUUCCAUCACCAGCACAGCAACGUGCCUCCUUCCUCGCAGAGGGGGAGCAGACUUCAGUUUCAGCAGAACAAUUCAGAGAGCACAAUAGUCCCCAGCAAAGGCCAAGACCGGAAACCAGGAAACCUGGUCUAAAGUUACUCGCCCAGGUGCAUUUGAACUGAAGACAGGAGAUCCAAGCAGAGUGAUGGAGGAAGACUCCCAUGCUCCGGUGCACAAUGUUGUUACGUUUCACGUGGUACAACUUAGUAAAACCAAACGUGCAAACCAGUUCUUUGUUUCUGAUUCCUUUCAGGGGAAUUGCAUGCAAAGCAGAUUGAAAGAAAUACAAACUUCCAUUCAGUUUGUCUAUGAGCAGUGUUUCAGGGGAGAGGGGGUAUAUAUUAUUUUUUUUUAAUAAACUAUUUCAAUUAUUUAAUUCUAAAAGUUAACUUAGCACAGAAACGAAGGCUUGUACAGCCUGUUUUAUACUCACUGAAUGGCGGAAGGAAGAAGGUGGUUUUGCUAGAUAUAUGGGGGAAGAAUUGGCCAGUUUGCUUUUUUUUUUUUCUCCCAGGGUGUGGAUUUUUUUAAUAUGAAACAAAAUUCCUGUUCUGUGUGCCAAGGUAUAAAGUUGAGAACUUAGAUGAAUGCAAGGAAUUAAUUUGUGUUGUGAUAAAUGUGUUUUAAAAGGUUGCACUAUCUUAAUGUUUUAAAAAAAUAUAUUAUGAGGGAACUGUUUUAUGUGAAGUUCUUCUAUAUGUUGUCUUUUCACCUGUGGAAUAAUGAUAGAGCUCCAGAAGUAAUCUGGAGGAGUUUCCCCCCCAUCCCCGGGUUUGCUAGAAAGUGGGGACAGGACUUAGCCUAACAUCUCUUGACUUUUACAAAUCAAGAAAUACAGGGACAGUUGUCUUUGCAAUAAUUUGCAUUCAAAUAACAGUGCAUCAGUGAAGUGUCUUGGAAACUUUUGGAUGGAAGAAGGCAAAUAUGAAAUCCCAGCAUUUUUCAUCACUUAAGGUUUAGCUAUUUUGCAGUGUAGACUAUUUGUUUUGUAAAUGGCAAAACAAAAAAUCCCAGAUGUGUUAACUUGUAUUGAUUCUAACUAAGUGCUGCCAUUCUAUUCCUUUUCAUAAUGCAGUAUCGCCAGUACUUAACUGUUUUAGAGAUUUUUGUCCUCACUGUAGCCUGAAAUGUAUUUAGUUACAUAUCAUGACAUUAUGCAAUAAAUUGUUUGAAAAUGCAGGGUAGGUUUUUUCCCCUGCAAUCCUGUUAAAA